UAUUUUAGUUUUAUUUGAUAUUGCUAGCUCAACGCACGUGCGGUUCCAUUAACGCUAAAAAUAAAAUAAAUAAGUAAAAAAUUGUGCUUUUAUGCAACUGCAUAAACAUGGUUGAAACAGCUACCACAACAACAAUCACGCGGACCACAUCGACUGCAGCGCCCAGCUCGAAUGUUGCUCCAUCGGCCACGCCCUCGCCCACUGCGGCACAGGCGCAGCGCAACGAUGAGCGAACGCGUCUCGGUUACAACUUGCAAAUUAUCGUUUUCCUAUGCCUGCUGCCGUUCGUUCUGCUUGCCGUGUUCCUUAAGCACCUGCUGGACUAUCUGUUCGCCUUGGGCUUGAAGGAGAAGGAUGUUAGCGGCAAGGUGGCAUUGGUAACAGGUGGUGGCAGUGGCUUGGGUCGUGAAAUUUGUCUGGAGCUGGCCAGAAGAGGCUGCAAAGUAGCUGUCGUUGAUGUCAACUCGAAAGGCUGCUACGAGACAGUGGAGCUGCUAUCGAAAAUUCCGCGCUGCAUGGCCAAGGCAUAUAAGAAUGAUGUUUCAUCGCCACGCGAACUGCAACUGAUGGCAGUUAAGGUUGAGAAAGAACUGGGACCCGUCGAAAUUCUCGUUAACAAUGCUUCGCUUAUGCCAAUGACAUCGACGCCGAAUCUGAAAAGCGAUGAGAUUGACACUAUUCUGCAGCUUAACCUGGGCUCCUAUAUUAUGACAACAAAAGAAUUUUUACCAAAGAUGAUAACACGAAAAUCUGGACACUUGGUGGCAGUCAAUGCAUUGGCAGGACUCAUUUCACUGCCCGGCGCUGGCAUCUAUACAGCAACAAAAUAUGGCAUCAUUGGCUUUAUGGAAGCCCUAAGAGCCGAGCUGCGUCUAUCCGAUUGUGACUACGUUCGCACAACUGUGGCCAAUACCUAUUUGAUGAAGACCAGCGGCGAUUUGCCGUUGCUAAGCGAUGCAGGCAUCUCAAAAAGUUAUCCCGGCCUGUCGACUCCUUAUGUAGCUGAGAAAAUUGUUAAAGGCGUCUUACUGAACGAGCGCAUGGUCUAUGUGCCCAAGAUAUUUGCACUCAGUGUUUGGCUAUUCAGAUUAUUGCCAACCAAAUGGCAGGAUUUUAUGCUUUUGCGUUUCUAUAACUUUGAUGUGCGCAGUUCACAUUUGUUUUAUUGGAAGUGAGAGAG